GGUUUGGAUUUUAUAGAGGUAGUGCGCAUGCGUAGACGUAAGAGGCUCGUUUAGGGUUCUCCGCGCUUAAGAGAAUUUGCGUCGCCGCCGACCGAAGGCCGGAGCGACGAAAAGCGAACGCGGGAGGAACCUCCGCUGCCCGUUCAGGGUCCUAGGAAGGAGCCGGCUGCAAGGCUGAAGCAGGUGCCUGGGGCCAAAGCUUUGGAAUGAGGCGGCGACGGAGGAGGUUGCUGUGAGGAACGAAGGAAGGAAGGAAAGGGAGCGACAGAAGAGAGGGGGCCGGCCGAGUGGUGGUGGAGGAGGAGGGCGCCUCAUCCCCCCCUCUCCCGUCGCCGUGAUGGAUGAACAAGAGGCCUUGAACUCCAUCAUGAAGGACUUGGUUGCCCUCCAAAUGAGCCGGCGUCACAGAUUGUCUGGUUUUGAUAGCAUGAAGAACAAAGACUCUCCACACUCGAACAAGCAGAAAAAACACAAUGUCAGCAGCCCUACAAUUACGAACCAGUGUGCUUGUGCAGCAGAGGACAAAAAGGCUCAGAGUGACAUCAGGAUAAAGUUUGAACACAGUGGGGAGAGGCGAAUUAUCCCUUUUGCCCGGCCUGUCCGCUAUGAAGAUGUGCAACAGAAAGCAAAAACAGCUUUUGGGCAGCUGCUGGAUCUCCAUUACAUGAAUAAUGAGUUAUCUAUUCCCUUGAAAAGUCAAGAUGAUCUUGAUAAGGCAAUAGAUCUUUUGGACCGAAGCUCAAAUGUGAAAAGCCUUAGAAUAUCACUGCUGUCUCAGGACAGAAACCAUACCAGUUCAUCAUCAUCCCAUUCUGGAAUGCCAAAGCAAGUCAGAAUCAAAACUUCCCAGUCUGUGGGAGAUGUGAACACUGCCUACCAGCCAAAUGAAACCAGGAGCAGGCACCUGUCUAUCAGUUCUCAGAAUCCAGGCCGAAGUUCACCCCCUCCAGGAUAUGUUCCAGAGAGACAGCAGCGAAUCGCUCGUCAGGGAUCCUACACCAGCAUCAACAGUGAAGGCGAAUUCAUUCCAGAAGCCAAUGAACAGUGUAUGUUAGAUCCUUUAAGUAGUACUGAGAAUUCUAUAUCUGGUAGCUGUCAGUCCUUGGACCAGUCAGGAGGCAGCCUUUCCUUUAGGAAAUCCCGCAUGUCCAGGGCUCAGAGCUUUCCAGACAAUAGGCAAGAUUUCUCAGAUCGUGAGAACCAAAUCUAUGACAAAGCAGGGAAAGGUGGGACAUAUCCUCGUCGUUACCAUGUCUCCAUGCAGCACAAAGAUUAUAAUGAUGGCCGGAGGACAUUUCCCCGCAUCCGGCGUCACCAAGGCAACCUCUUCACGCUAGUGCCAUCAAGCCGCUCCUUGAGCACCAAUGGGGAGAACCUGGGGCUGACGGUGCAGUAUCUAGACCCCCGUGGGCGCCUGCGCAAUGCUGACAGCGAGAACACUCUCACCGUGCAGCAGGAGAGGAACAUCCCCUCCAAAUCUCCAAGUGCUCCAGUUAACUGGCGACGAGGGAAACUCCUGGGACAAGGUGCCUUUGGUCGUGUGUACUUGUGCUACGAUGUGGAUACAGGCCGGGAACUUGCAGCUAAACAGGUCCAGUUUGACCCAGACAGUCCUGAAACAAGCAAGGAAGUGAGUGCUUUGGAGUGUGAAAUUCAGCUGCUAAAGAAUCUCCAGCAUGAGCGUAUUGUCCAGUAUUAUGGGUGCUUGAAGGACCGAGCAGAGAAGACCUUGAGCAUUUUCAUGGAGUACAUGCCGGGGGGCUCUGUCAAAGACCAACUGAAGGCCUAUGGUGCGUUGACGGAAAAUGUGACCCGGAAGUAUACUCGGCAGAUUCUUGAAGGAGUUUGUUACCUUCACAGCAAUAUGAUUGUUCACAGGGAUAUAAAGGGAGCCAAUAUUCUACGAGACUCAGCAGGCAAUGUGAAGCUUGGGGACUUUGGGGCCAGCAAGCGACUACAAACUAUCUGCAUGUCUGGGUCUGGCAUACGUUCUGUCAGUGGUACACCCUAUUGGAUGAGUCCAGAAGUGAUCAGCGGGGAGGGUUAUGGAAGAAAAGCUGAUGUCUGGAGUCUUGCCUGUACUGUUGUGGAGAUGCUAACGGAGAAGCCACCCUGGGCAGAAUAUGAAGCCAUGGCAGCUAUUUUCAAGAUUGCCACACAGCCAACCAACCCCCAACUCCCUUCUCACAUUUCAGAACAUUGCCGGGACUUCCUAAAGCGGAUCUUUGUAGAAGCCAGGCAGAGACCCUCAGCUGAAGAGCUGCUCCAGCAUCACUUUGCACAGCUCCCCUACUGAAUUACCUCCCUCAAACAGCACUUCUUCCUGGGCUUUCAGCACCCUCACAUCUGAGGAUGCUGUGUUGUGCCCCAUAUCAGAGCAGCAUCUUCCAAAUGCUGGCCCAGUUGUCCUGGUUGUCUAAACAGGCAAUAUGUGAGGAACAAGGCAGGGUGUCAGCUGCUUUUACUGGGAUAUUGCCUUCAUUUUUAGACUGAAGCUUUCAGCAGCUGUGCAGCCUACAUCUACAUCUCUGUCCUUGUCAGUGUGCUGACAUGGUGUCAGCAUAGGAACAUAGGAAGCUGCCUUAUACCGAGACAGAACAUUUGGUCCAUCUAGCUCAGUAUUGUCUACACAGACUGGUAGCAGCUUCUCCAGGGUUGCAGGCAGGAGUCUCUCUCACCACUAUCUUGGAGAUGCCAGGAAGGAAACUUGGAACCUUCUGCAUGCAAGCAGGCAGGUGCUCUUCCCAGAGCGGCCCCAUCCCCUAAGGGGAAUAUCUUGCAGUGUUCACAGUCUCCCAGUCAGAUGCAAACGAGGGUGGACCCUGCUUAGCAAAGGCUUACUACCACAAGAUGCUGGUGGCAUGUGAGCUGGAAGGGAACCUCACCUGAAUGUAGCUAUGUGGUAGGAGCUGAUCCAAAGUGAAAGGGGAGGAACCAGAACCUGUGACCGCUGCCAGAAGCUACCAAAGUGCGUGUUAAACUUAUACUAUUGUUUCAUGCUUCACAACUCCACAGGACCUUAUUAAGCCAAGUGCCAUAGAGAACAUGCUCUCAAUUUAUUAUUAUUAUUAUAUAUAAUAAUGAUUAUAUAUUUUUCCUAAGUAUUCAGCAUCUGAAGUUGUUCAGAAUAUAUUGAUUUAGAAAAAUACGUGGAUAGUGUUAUUUCCUAAUGACAAACCAUGAAGCUGGAGGCAGAGUGUCCUUUCUUCUUUCUUUUCUCUUUCUCUCCUAUCCACAUUUCUGGAUGACGAGAUUGGGGGUUCCAGUGGAACACAAGCACAAUGCAGCCUAGAGUCUCUGAAUGAAACGAGGGGAUUCUGCUUCAUUGGGACAGAGCUGUGCAUUCUGUGUCUACGCAGUCGCUGUGGGCUAAUGCAGGAUUUAGUAUCUGGCUCAAAAAUCAGCAACCUGAGAAUCCGUACUUUGAAUAUUUAUUUCUUAUUUAUUUUUUUAAGGAAGUUUCUAAUCUUCAGGAGAAACCAUAAAAGCUGGAAAUGUGGGCUGUGGCUGGUGACUUAUUAGAAGCCACAGGAGGAGACUGAGCGGGAUGCUGUAGUUGGGGCAGUUAUAGUACCUCCCAUACUUUACUGCUCCUUUCUCAAAUAGCCAAAGCCAAAUAAACUGUAAGAAACAAAAAACACCCUAGAAAAAUAUAUGGAAUGUCCCUUUGAUUUAAAAACUAACCCAGGUGACAGAAUGUGCCAUUAUGUGAAUUGCUUUAGCACAGAGUAUCACAUGCUGUAUUCAAAUGGGGAUUUCCAUGAAAAAUUCCUGGCAUCUGUACUUUGCCCCAGGGAGAGCUAUUGCUUGCAGCUGUUGAAAAAGUUCCCUCUCGGAGUUUCACACCAUUAACAGAGUACUACAGUUGCAGCCAUUCUGUGAAAAGACCCUGAUUAUGUCCUUGUAAAUCAGAUUUUUGUGUCUCCAUUCUUUCACCCAAGUCCCCUUCUUCAGAAUCGCCACUGGUGCCAUAUUUCUAUUUUGCCAGUCCUUUUAACCAAAGAUGAUAUCAGUGUUGUCAACAUCUUAACUUCAGGGAAGGGUGUGGGGGGAACACUGCUGAGCCCAGACAGGAUUUUUUAAAAGUCUGUACUGAGGUUUGAGAUUUUCAUGUGAUCCUGGAUAAAAUGUUUUAUAAAUGGUACUUACAAGACUGAGCAGUAAAGGCCACUAGACUUGCACACAAAAGCUUUGGUGGUGACCAUCUCUGCCUACAGGCUUGUGAUAUAGAAGGUGGCUGGUUGCAAAUGCUGCUGCAUUUUUUGGUUAGCAAUCUUGGGAAUCUGAGAGAGGCACUUCUGGCAAAUUGAAUUGAGGCCAGUGUAGGAAUUGCCCACAGUGAAAUACCUUAGUCCCACAAAUUUUGAUUGCUAAGGUUGUUUUUGUUUCUUCUAAAACUUUGGAUUUAGAACCAUAUGUGAUCAGGUGGAGCUCUUUUAAGGUAAAGCUUGGCAUGAUCACCCUUUAGGGAGUUUAUAUGCACUAAAUGAGUGUUUUAAUGCUCAAGAUCCGACUUCCUAGGACGGCUGAAGGCUUUGAUCAAUUUGUCAUGCUUUAAAAUCCUAUUGUGCAGGUUGUAUUGCUUCCGUUGCCUGCUGUUGGCUUUGAAAACAGAUAUAUAUUUAUCCAUUAUUGUUACAGCCAAGGAAUCUUACAAACAGUCAUCUUAGGUGCAGUUCACUUAUACAAAGUCAAGGUUUGAUCUCAUCUUGCAAGCUCUUUCACAAGGGUGCAGAUGGUUGCUUAAAUUGCAGGAUGGCAACUUAACAACUAGAUGUCUUGGCAAAGGGAAGGACCAGGCAAUGCUUUCAGUGGGCUAACAGGAACAGCUUUGAAGCCGAAUGGAGCAUGAAUAAAUGUGGCAAAGAUAGGAGGACCUCCUUCUCCCUCCUGUCCCCAGCCUUGUAGCAGUGGCAAGGUGCAAAGUGACUACUGCUUAAGGCUUCCAGUACAUUACUUUCAAGAUGGAUGGUAUUGUAUGGUGGGAAAAUCCAGAGGUCAGAAAAAUAUUGUGACUUGUUCUCCUUUCAGAGCAAUUGCUGCCCAAAAAUGUGCAAUGUAUUUGUUAUAAUCACCUGCCGACAUGUUUGUAUCUUGCUGGGGCUUGCAGCUAAACUGAGAGAUGGAAGCCCUCUUCUUGCUCUCCUGAACUCUGCUCUUAACUCUUGUUGUUUUUCAGUGACUUUGCAAAUGCCCAGCGGGUAUUCCUUCCUCCCCCACACACCUGUCUCCAAGAAUGUGGUAUUUCAGCUUGGCUGCCCCUUUGUAUGAUACACUCCAGUACCUGGCCCCAGGGCCACUGAUUCAGCAUAAGAAAUAAGCCAAAGCAUUACUUGUAUGGUCAGCAAUGCACUUUUACGAAUGUAGUUUGUAUCACACACUCUAAGCUUUUUUAUCAUGUAAAACAAAUUGUGAUGAUGCCUCAUACUUUUUUAAUUUAUAUUGUAAAAUAUCAUAUUUGAUUAUAUAUAUAUAUAUAUAUUAGCAACUGUUAUGAGUUGGGGAGGAGGGAAAUUGACACCUUUGUGAAUUUUAAAAGAGGGCGGGGAGAAAAGCAGCUGGUUUUGCAGAGAAUUUGAUUAUGGUUUUAUAACAAUAUAUGUUAAGCCAAAAUAUACUCUUUGUUUCCUCACUGGUCUGGGGUCAGGGAUGGGUGGGACAGCAAAUAGACAGGAAUAAUAGAAUCCCGAGGAGGAAAGUUGGGGCCAUCAAGUCCAUAGGCUGCAUUCAGGAUCUAUUCAUAGAUGCCUAGCUGGGCUUACUGCAAAUUCAUUAAAACACAGCUGCAAGCCAUGCAGAGAUCUCCAGUGUGAUCUCAGUAAAAGCACCAGGUCAGUUUCAGGAUAAACAGCUUUGCCUAUUUGCACAACCCUACCUUAGGCAUCUCUAUGCCACAACAUUUCAAUCUGGAUUUUUUUUUUAAAGCAGAUUGUCCUGCACCUAAGGAUUAUGUGAAUUGCUGGACUUAAGUGAUCCAAGAAGGAAAGCACAACUGGGGAAGAUAUUCAUGUAACUGGUUUUGGAUUGUAGCAUGUGGAAUGAAGAAAUUGUAUUGCGACUCCAAAGCAAUGCUCAGGAAGGAUGGGUUUCUCCUUAAAAGUAUGCUAGUCUAAAACUAUCAAAUUUCUCCUCUGACUUGUCCCUUUGCCCAGGUAUUUCCGGUCAGAAAGUAAUUUUUCUGCCCCUUAAUCAUUGGACUGGCACAUUUUCUCACAAGCACUUUGUGGCCUCCUGAAAAUCAUUGUUUAGCUUUACUAUCCAGUUCCUAUUCCCUAUAGAGACAAAAUGGACUGCUAAAGGAUAAAUUCACAUUUUCUAAGAUGGUCAUAACCAUAUGUGAGGAAACAAAGGUGUUUUGGACUUGGCAUGACGAUUCUGUAUACUCCAGGUUCACCCACGGGCAUCCUGCUAAACUGGAAUAUUAUGUACAAGUAAUUACAGGAGGAAACUAUUCAUAAACAUCUAAGGGAAUUUUUUUAGGUUGAAGAAAGCUUGCAUUCUUAGAUGUUUACCUCUUAUUGUCCUCUAGGAGAGCUGCUACUUACUCCAGGGUGGGUGUUGUGAGGGCUGGCCUAAAUUCUGACCUUUUGGGCAAAGUUUCCGGUGAAGAGAUUCAGGAAAAACACAUAGCCAAAAGGGAGUAACCCCUAAAGUUUGGUUUGACCUAGAUCUGCAUUUGACUUUGGGAUCAGUUGUAUGUUCUACUCUGGUCCACAGUAUUAUGUCUCAAUCCCCAACACAGUAGGCCUUCCUCCAGCUGAGUUUGCUUCAACCAAAGUGUACUUAAAGAUUUCAUCCUUCAUGAAAUAAUUCUGAAACUGCCACUCAGGAAAUUGUGUGUCUGGAGGGACCUGUAAGCCACUGAUCUGCAAUCCAGAGUAAUUCCUAUACAGAGUAACUUGCUAUAUGUCUAUACAAUUCCUCUAAUAGUGUGGCUUGAUUUAUUGAGAAUUAGAGGGAAUGCCCUAGAAUUUAAAAACAAAAAAGCCAUGGGCUUUUGUGUGUCAUUUUGUCAGAAGAAACAUUGUAGAACCUGGAGUGUACAGAGGACCUUGAACCACUCGUCUCUUUCUGAUUUUAUAAAUAUAUAUACUGACCAGGGCUUGCAGUGCAAAGCCAGGCCAAUGUAUCAUUUUUACUUACAAUAAAACUAUUGUUUUCAGCUAA